UCUUAUAAUAAAAUGACUCUAGUUAUAAAUCGCUCAAAAUCAUUAAUACUUCUCAUAGGAUUCUUCAUCUCAAGUUUGAUGUUAUGUGUCUCACAAGCUUCCCUUGUUUCAUCGGGAGAUUAUAACAAAGACUUCUUCGUGACAUGGUCUCCUUCCCAUGUUAACACCUCCAAUGAUGGUCGAUCAAGAACCCUCAAGCUCGAUCAAGAAUCUGGAGCUUCCUUUGCUUCCAUGAAGACGUUCUUGUUCGGGCAAGUAGAUAUGAAGAUCAAACUUAUCCCGGGAAGUUCUCAAGGAACUGUGGUUGCUUAUUAUAUGACCUCAGAUCAGCCAAAGCGAGAUGAGAUUGACUUUGAAUUCCUUGGAAACGUUAACGGACAGCCUUACAUUCUUCAGACAAAUGUCUAUGCUGAGGGAGUUGAUAACCGCGAAGAGAGGAUCCAUCUUUGGUUCGACCCAACGAAGGACUUUCACACUUACUCUAUCUUAUGGAACAUUCACCAAAUUGUGUUUAUGGUGGAUCAGGUUCCGAUAAGAUUGUAUAGAAACCACGCGGAUAAAGGUGUAGCCUACCCAAGGUUGCAACCUAUGAAAGUACAGGCUAGUCUAUGGAACGGUGAGAGCUGGGCUACGCGCGGUGGGCAUGACAAGAUUGAUUGGUCAAAGGGUCCACUCGUGGCAUCCUUUGGAGAUUACAAAAUAGAUGCUUGUGUUUGGAAAGAGAACCCAAGAUUGUGCAAUGGAGAGAGCAAUGAGAACUGGUGGAACAAGGAUGAUUUCAGUUCUUUGACAAGAGUGCAAAAGAGAUGGUUUAAAUGGGUGAGAAAGUAUCACCUGAUUUAUGAUUAUUGCCAAGAUUAUGGAAGGUUCAAUAAUAACCUCCCCAAGGAAUGUAACCUUCCUAAAUAUUGAAUUUGCUCUUCAGCUUUUUACCUUUUUUUUUAUUCAUUCAAUUAAGUAACUCUUUUA